UCGCCUCGACCUCCCUCGCCCUAGCCGUCGGAGCCGGAGCACGUCGAGGCCCGCUAUAUGCACAGCGAGCUUUCGAGUUGUUAGUUCUGAUGAGUCCACGACCUUUCUCCUCUCCGUUCAUGUUUUCACCAAACCCCAGUAUCAUUUUCUUCGGCAGGAGCUCCUCGCUGAUCUUCCGAUCGUCCGACCGUCCGGCCCGGGGACAUCGGACGGCGACGGCGCGGCCACGCCACUGUCUUUCAUGAAUCCAUCGGACGGCCAAUCCGCCGAUGGCGACGACUGGCUAGCAUCGCCCUACUACGCCAAGCCGAAGCGCGGCGGCGGCUCUCCAGCUGUCGCCGCCACCGCAUCGUCGACCGCUGCGGCGAGCGCCGAUCGGAAUUUUGAUGAUGAUAGUUGUGCCGCCGUUGAGUCAACGGAGGGCCCUAUAGCGGAUCUGCGGCCCGACGGCAGUGGUAGUACUGCUGGUAGUAGCAAUUGCGGCGCCGGGGCGGCGUCCGCCUUGCGGAGCGGCGGCGCUUCAGACAGGCGGUUCUCGUGCAGCGCCGUUACAUCGGCGGGGCUUGCCGCAGAAAAGGGGAUCGCAAUUGGCGGCGGGGGUGCUGCCGCCGUAGCAGCCGCCGCCGCUGUGUCCGCCGCCGCUGCGGCUGCUGCAGGGGCCUCUGCGGUGUCCACCUCUGGCGGUGGCGCCAGGGGUAAUGGCAGUCAAGUCGAACUUGACGACUAUACUGUCGAGGGGGCCGUUAAGGUUGACGGUUUACCGUCAGUUCGCCAAAUGGGCAGCAGUCUAACGACUGCCGGGUCGGGAUCAGCGGCGCUGAGGCCUCCAGGCGCGCUGUUCUCCGUCGCGGAAGCCCCUGCGCCGUCCUCCUCCGCCUCCUCCGCGCAAGAAUCUACCAUGAGCGCUGUUGUGGCGGUAGCAGACGCGCCGCUCGAUGCCGCCGCAAGCGCGCGGACAGGCGGUGGUGGCAAUGGCGGAGGUUUCGGGCGCGGAGCGAGCAGGGGAACGGCGAGAAGGGCGGAAAGCGGGGAGUUCGAUCUGUCGGUGCCCGCGAAGGCGCGCAAGUCCAUGUCGGGGUCCGGCAGACGCGCGUCGCUGGACUACUCGGACCUGGAGGCCGUGCGGGAGAGAGUGCAACAGGCUGCGGCGCUCUGGGCACUUGCAGAGGACAGGGAGAGGGAGCAAGAUGACCUAGCCAGCGAUGGGGAGGACGAGGGCGACGAAGUCAGCAGCAGUAGCGCGCGGGGAAAGCAGCAGCAACGGCAGCAGGACAAGCUGGCAGCACCAGGGUUGAGAGGCUCUGAAUUGGUUGAACAACCGGAUCAACAGCAGCAGCAGCAUCAGUGGAGGUCAACACUGGCUUCCCAGUCUCCCCCUGGGGGAGCAGCAGAAGCAGCAGCAGCAGAGGCUGCAAGCCAAGUCAGAGCAAAAGGCCCCUCCCGCAGCAAAGCGGGAGCACGAGGGUCUCUAAUUCGUCGAUGGCUCAAUUUCGGUCGCUCAUAACAGGGCUUCAGGUUCCAACAGGUUCCAACAGGUUCCAGCCUCAUUCAGAACCCCCUUCUCGCAUAAAGAGGGGGGAUGACAUGCACGACAAGUGGUGGGUGGGUGGGUGGAGCGCAAAACCCUCGUUCUGUGGACUAUGCUUGAGGCUCUUCUCGACUAUGUGAUGCAAGAAGGCACCCUCUAGAGACCAGACCCAUCUGAAAAUGAAGGCUGGCUUGUUCUUACAAUCAUAUCAUGCUAAUGCUGGUAAUUGGCCCCGCACCAGAUCAUCUAUGGUGCAAGAAUGCGAAGUGCGUAAGCUUGUAGGCGUUUGUAAGUGAAUGGAAUAGACGACUCCCAAAUGU